AUGUACAAAGCUGGAACAGGUUUAAAGGAGCCCACGUCCAAGGGAGAAGAGACACCAGCAAUAAGCCUUGCAAUGAACCAGAAACCAAGCUCCAAAGAUGAGCCCUUAGAAAAAGAAUUCCCAAUGCUAGACUUAUGCACUUGUCUUUGCCAGAGAGUUUUGAUCCAGGAAAAAGAAAGGGAAACCAACAAAGAAGAAAGGCUACAAGGAGAUCAGAUUCUACAAUUGACUUUUCCAAUGGAGGAUGAGAAAGUAGAAGAAGAGCAAUCAGAUGCAAUGCCACCACCAGCACGCCUUGAUGAGAAACAUGAGCUAACUUUUAUUGAUUCAUAUCAGUUAAAAGCUCAAGACUCUAAACAAAAUUCUGAUAGUCCUGGAAAAUCCUUAGUCAUCUCUAGACUUGAGGAAAUCAGCAACCAUAGAGUUCAAGUAAACAAAGAGCAAUUGAUGCUACAACUAGCUAAUAAUAGCACUUUUAGGAGAAGGAGAGUAGUAUGGUGGAGGUGGAGAGCUGUAGACGUAUGGUGGUGGUGGAGACUUGUAGUCUACUUUAGAAGAAAGAGAGUAGUAUGGUGGAGUUGUGGAGAUGUAGACGUAUGGUGGUGGUGGAGUCUUGUAGUAUACUUUAAGAGAAGGAGAAUAGUAUGGUGGAGGUGGGGAGCUGUAGACGUAUGGUGGUGGUGGAGACUUGUAGUCUACUUUAGGAGAAGGAGAGUAGUAUGGUGGAGGAGGGGAGCUGUAGACGUAUGGUGGUGGUGGAGACUUGUAGUCUACUUUAGGAGAGGAAUAGUAGAGAAGGAGAAUAAUAUGGUAGAGGUGGGGAGCUGUAGACAUAUGUUGGUGGUGGAGACUUGUAGUCUACUUUAG